AUGGCCGACAAGCCCAAAAUCGAGCUCGAGCUCAACCCUAGAGGUAUCCCCAAGGCGCCCUUUGUGGACAAUGUCGACGACUACAUCGGCACCAAGGACGGCGACGUCGAGGGCGUGAUCAAGAAGUUCCAGGAGACGAGCGCCAAGUACCGCUACAUGGAGCUCAACCUCCAGCAGCGCCGCAAGGCUCUGCUCGCCAAGAUUCCCGACAUUGAGCAGACGCUCGGCGUGGUGACGUUCAUGGCGGCACGGCGCGCCAAGGCUCUGGGCGAGCCCGAGCCCGAGGAGGAGGACGCCGGUUCCGACGCUGGUUCCGACGACAUUGACGCCCUCCUGGACGGCGAGGAGGACGAGGAGGCCGCCGCCAAGCCCCUCACCACCUUGUUCGAGCUCAACGACACCCUGUACGCCGAGGCGACUGUCAAGGAGAACGGGCAGGUCGGACUCUGGCUCGGCGCCAACACCAUGCUCAUGUACCCGCUCGCCGAGGCGGCCGAGCUGCUCAGCUCCAAGCUUGCGGGCGCACGCAAAAACCUCACCGAGGUUGUCGAGGACCUCGAGUGGAUCCGCGAGCAGGUCACCGUCAUGGAGGUCAACUUUGCCCGCGUGCACAACUGGGACGUCAAGCGUCGUCGCAGCGCCAAGGGCGGCGAGGAGAAGAGUCUGAUGGGCGAGAAGGAGGCCAAGUAG